AUGCUGCCGAGAGGUGAAGGACUCGCUGCUAACUCUUGUGCGUGCCUCAUCGGCGCCCCUUGCCAGGUGGACCCGUCUCGUCGGCGACAGAGGCCGUACUACCAUGUCUCCGAAGAAGAGUUUCGGUACAUGACCAAGGCGCUGGAGCACUUCCUGCCUGACGUCGAGCUCAACCUGCAGUCUCUCAAGGGCAUUGUGACGUCCUUCUCCGAAGGCAGCAAGCCCGCAGCGAAUGGCCAGCAACGGCAGGAUAGCCCGCGGCCGCGCCAGCAGCCCACGCCCACCGUCGAACUGGGCAGCCCGACGUCGUCGCCGGCCAAUGGGGAUGUGCGGCCGAGCAAGUCGACCACGAGCACGCCUGCAAGCCACGAGAGCAUCGUCACCAUCGAAGAGAUCGACGACCUCCACGGCGAGCUGGGCUGGCUCACCGUCGACUCCAAGGGCCACUACAGACAUGUCGGAAUAGAAGGAUCAUAUGCGUUCAACGCCGCCGUCAGGUCGUUGAAGAACCGGAGGUUAUCAGAAGUGGCGGUGAAGUCCGACCUCGUCGCGCCUCUGACCGCAGCACCGCCCCUGCCGCCGCAGACACCCGAGAUCCUGACGGGUCCUCGCCAAAUCUACCUUCCCCGACGCGACCUCUGCAACCGCUGCGUUGCCCGCUUCUUCCGCGAUGUGCACUCCAUGUACUGGUUCUUCUCGGCCGAGAGCUUCUACGCGAUCCUCGAUCGGAUAUACUCGGGCGAUGCGGGUGCUGCCACGUCGUCGAUGCUUUGCUCGCUCUACUCGAUCCUGGCCUUGACCUGUGAGAGCGAAGCGCGUAGCGAUGGCAUUGAUGUCGGCGACGAGUCGUCGAUGAGGUAUCUGUCGUUGGCAAAGAGCCUAGCCGCCACAUUGUACGACGAGGCGGAUGUCGAUUGUGUUCGUGCAUUAUGUCUCUUGGGCCUUGCCUUGCAAAGUUCAAUGUUUGCGAAUACUGCGUACAUCUACGUUGGUUCUGCCGCGAGCAUUGCCUACACGCUAGGCCUGCAUCUCCAAAAGACCAUCAAGACGAAGGAGUGCCUGCAGAGACAGAUCGAUCUACGGAUAUUCUCUACGCUAUACCUGCUCGAUCACGAUGUGGCGCUUUGCUACGGUAACCCGACGGCGAUCAGCGAGGAUAAUGCGAUUGCACCCCUCGAGUCUCUUUCAGAACAGAUCCUGAGCCCCGGCAGCAACAUGCCGCUCUACUACCUCUCCGUGUCGUGCAAACUGACGCACCUCAAGCGCCAGAUCGGCCGCCUGCUGUACAACAAGACUUCACCCUCCUCUUCCUCCUCCGCAUCUUCGUCUACCGCUCCGGGAGCCGGCGUCUCCAUCUCGGCCAUCUCGGACGCCAUCGCCUCCUUGCACGCCUGGCACGCCUCCAUGCCGCCGCACCUGCGCGACGCCGCGCAGGCGCCCUCGUACCACAACCGCUCCGUCGCCGUCCUGCACCUGCGCUACUACUCGGCGCUCGUCUUCGCCACGCGGCCCUUCCUGCUGUACAGCGUGCUGCGCGACGCCGAGCUCAAGAGCAGCCCCAAGCGCCGCUUCUUCGAGGACUUUGGCGCGCUGUGCAUCGACGCCGCGCGCAAGUCGAUGGGCCUGCUCGCCUACAUGCGCGACGCGGGCCUGCUGACCAGCCUCGUCACCUACGACACGUCGUGCCUGCUCGAGAACCUGCAGGUCCUGCUGCUGUCGUACGCGCGCGCCGACCAGGCCGGCGGCGAGGGGUCGCAGCAGCAGCAGCAGCAGCAGGCGGCCGACUCGGUCAGGGAGUGCCUGCACAUCCUGCAGGGCAUGGAGCAGGUGCUGUGGACCAAGCACGCGCUCGUCGAGGUCAUGGCGCAGCUGGACGAGAACGGCAUGCUCAACGGGGAGAGCGGGUUCAGCCCCUCUGGGGUCGAUGCUGUGGGCCACUACUUCCUGGACAUCGGCCCGCAACAAGACCUUCUUCGAUUUGCAGCCAGCAAAUGUCAUGUCAUUGAUCAGAAGAGUGCUGUCCCCCUUGCCCACGACCGAUCGCCCGAAAAUGACCAGCCCCAGAAUGCUGAGACUAGGCUGGAAGAUGACAGACAGCAGCGAAGUCACAUCUCCACUGGCGUCCAGAACCGCAAACUUGAGGGAUAUACCCGCGUCCGAGCGCGUCCGGAACAUGUCAAUAUAGUGACGAAGCACACCCCCGGCCAGCAAGACCGCCGCAAGUACAGCCAUCAGGGUGGACGCCCAGUCCUGUCCGCGAUCGUGCGCCACCCGCAGCGCAAAGACAAGACCCGUCUCGAUGCCCCCGAGGACCGACGCUAUGGCCACGGCCCAGACCGCGGCCUUCUUGAGGCUCCAGUGGUCGCCAUAGUACUUGCACUGCGACCACGUCCAGAGGCUCAGGAAGAUGAGGAUGUUUGGCUGGACCUGUAG